AUGCAUACACUGAAAGACUUGCUGGGGUACCUGAAAGGCAGUGACGCCGUCCUCCUACGCAUCUGUCGGGAGCUCCACCUGAACGCUUCCGUCCAGCUUCUGUUCCGGGAUGCCGACGACGGAGAGAGGGGCGUGGAGGUGCUCUGCGACAGAGUGGUCGACAUGUCGGACGAUUGCCUGGACACCCAGCUGUGGUGCCACCUUCAAGAGAACUAUGGAGGCAAGCUCCUGCGUGCCGUCGAUUGGCCGGAGCAACAGCGGGAUAUCGAGGUGCAUUGGGUCACGGAGACGCCGAAGGUGAACUCCAUCGAGAGCCCGUACAUCGCGUACAGUAACGACGCCAGUGCUGCUCAUACUUACAUGUAUCUGUGUCUCAUCAUCGAAGUCGGCAAGGCUGGCAAUCGUGAGACAGCGGAGUAG